AAUACACCCAUUACGUCUGUAUAGCGACUGUAUGCCCCAACAUUUCUAAAACAUACUACUUAUGUCCUUUGUGUACCCUCAUACUUUAUAGGAAUGCAACUACUAAUCAUUAGUUUAUGUUAAACGCACGUUUCGUCAAGAUAUGGCUCUGGAUCUCUCAAGCGUAAAUGACACUUCCUUCGAAGAAAAUGAUCCAAAUACGACGUAUAAUUGCGUUCUUCUGUCUUCAGAAGUUAUUUCUUUUCCUGGGACUAGUGAUAUUCUCUUUUAUAUAUCUGAAAUAGGUCAUUUAAUUCUGGCAAACUUCUUCGUUGAACAUUCCAAUGGAAGUUACAUACUUAAAAAAGUUCCACAUAUCAAAUUCCCUCAUGAUUCUUCUGAUUUACCAACAAAUCUAUCUUUGGAUAAAAGUUUCUCAAAUCAAGAAAAUACCCCAUCACAACCAUCAGUAAAUGAUUGUUCAAAUGUAUUGGAUUUAAACAUUCCUAGUAAAUUUGGACAUAUGGAAACAGAUAUACAGUCUUCAGCUUUAGACUGCACAAAUAUUUGUCAUGUUCAAACAUGUUCACCACAAACUCUAGUUAAUUCAUCAUCAUUGAAUAUUUCAGAUUUAGAAAAUCCAGUUGAUGCUACUACCACUCAUCGUUCACAGCAUGGAAACAAUUCAGUUAAUAUGAAUAAAAGUAAAAAUUCAUCAUCUUGCAUACCAAGAUCAAAAUUUUUAGGACAAAUCGUUUGUGAACUUCUUCAAAAAAUGAAAAAUCGUACAAAAUCAUCUGAAAAUCAUGAAAUCAUCAUUCAAGGGCAUAAUUUAACUGAAUUGGAGCAUUUUGUUAAACGCUUACGAGAGUUUCGUUUACGUUUAGGUCUUUCACAAGUUCAACUAAGUACAGAAUUAUCAAAACAUUAUAACUCUAAAGCUUUAUUUAGUCAAACUCUUCUAUCAAGGUUCGAGAAACUCAAUGUCACUGUUAGAUCUGCUUAUCGACUUUUGCCCUAUUUAAAACGUUGGAUUUCACAUACUGAGCAAAAUCAAUGUGGUCAAAUCACUGUUGAAAAAUUAUCCGUUUUUCAUCAUUCUGUUCCUGUACGUGCUGUAGGCAAUUCCCGUUUAACUACAUUGGCUCGUUUAGGUCGCUCCGAUCAUAAUCCUUCAUCGUCAUCUUCUACAACUUCAUCUGUUUUAGCUCUUGUAACGAAACAAGUCAAAGAUCCCGAUAAUGUCAAUAGUUGUCCUACAGAUCGUUCUUCAUUUUCGGAGAAGAUAACUUCUGAUAUAUCUGCAUUAGAUUGUAAAUUACCAGAUCCACAGCAAAAAAGAUGUCGGCGGCGCCGUACUUAUUUCUCCCCAAAAGCUUUAUCAAUAUUAAGUGAAUUUUAUGCAACAAAUCCUCGACCAAAAGGUACUGAUUUCACUGAACUGGCAUCAAGGAUUGGUUGUGAUCGAGAAUCAGUUCGCGUUUGGUUCUGUAACAGACGACAAUUAGACCAUGAUUACUCGCAAAAAGUCUGA